AUGCUCAAGCCGCGAGACCCCGGAGGAUCGUCUUUCCUGAAAGUGGACCCAGCCUACUUGCAGCACUGGCAGCAACUCUUUCCCCAGAGCGCCCCGCUUAAGGGCAGCGGCGGCGGCGUCUUGGGUCAGCCGCCGCCACUGCCUCUGCCACCGCCGGCGCCCGAGCGCGCUGAGCCCGUGGCAGACAGCUUCCGCCCUCGCCCUGCUUCCUUGUCCUCUUCGGCCUCCUCCGCCUCCUCCACUCCAGCAUCUUCAACAACCUCUACUACAGCCGCGGCCUCUUCGUCUAGCGUCAACGCUUCCGCGGCUACCGCCACCUCCCUGGCCGGCCUGGCCGCCCUGCCAGUGGCCCAGCUCCCGGUCUUCGCGCCACUCUCCAGUUCCGAAGUGCUGCCCUCGGGAGCUCUGCAGGGCAAGGACUUAUGCGUCGGUUCCUGCUCGGUCUCUGGUUCCAAGUGUAGCGGCGGGGCUGCCGCCUGCGACAGGGGAACCCCACGAUUCCGUUGCACAGCUGAGGAGCUGGACUAUUACCUGUAUGGACAGCAGCGCAUGGAGAUCAUCCCUCUCAACCAACACACCAGCGACCCCAAUAACCGUUGCGACAUGUGUGCUGACAACCGUAAUGGCGAAUGCCCCAUGCACGGUCCCCUGCACUCUCUUCGCCGGCUGGUGGGGACCAGCAGCACCGCCGCCGCCGCGCCCCCGCCAGAGAUACCGGAGUGGCUUCGAGACCUGCCUCGGGAGGUGUGUCUGUGCACCAGCACUGUGCCAGGUCUGGCGUAUGGUAUCUGCGCUGCACAGAGGAUCCAGCAGGGCACCUGGAUUGGACCGUUUCAGGGAGUGCUUCUUCCCCCAGAAAAGGUGCAGGCAGGAGCUGUCAGAAAUACCCAACAUCUCUGGGAGAUAUAUGACCAAGAUGGGACACUACAGCACUUUAUUGAUGGCGGGGAACCUAGUAAGUCAAGCUGGAUGAGAUAUAUUCGAUGUGCUAGGCACUGCGGAGAACAGAAUCUAACAGUAGUACAGUACAGGUCAAAUAUAUUCUACCGAGCCUGUAUCGAUAUCCCCAGGGGCACUGAGCUUCUGGUGUGGUACAAUGACAGCUACACAUCUUUCUUUGGGAUCCCUUUACAGUGCAUUGCCCAGGAUGAAAACUUGAAUGUCCCUUCAACCGUAAUGGAAGCCAUGUGCAGACAAGAUACCCUGCAGUCUUUUAACAAAAGCAGCAAGCUCUCUCCUGCCACUCCACAACGCUCUGUAGUUUUCCCACAGACUCCAUGUAGCCGGAAUUUCUCUCUCCUGGAUAAGGCUGGGCCCAUCGAAUCAGGAUUUAACCAAAUCAAUGCAAAAAACCAGCGAGUUCUUGCAAGCCCAACUUCAACCAGCCAACUCAACUCUGAGUUUAGUGACUGGCACCUUUGGAAAUGUGGACAAUGCUUUAAGACAUUCACUCAGCGGAUCCUUUUACAGAUGCAUGUAUGCACCCAGAACCCUGACAGACCCUACCAGUGUGGUCACUGUUCCCAGUCCUUCUCCCAGCCUUCUGAACUAAGGAACCAUGUGGUCACCCACUCCAGUGAUAGACCCUUCAAGUGUGGCUAUUGCGGUCGUGCCUUUGCUGGGGCUACCACCCUCAACAACCAUAUCAGAACUCAUACUGGAGAAAAGCCUUUCAAGUGCGAGAGGUGUGAGAGGAGCUUCACGCAGGCCACCCAGCUGAGUCGACACCAACGGAUGCCCAAUGAGUGCAAGCCAAUAACAGAGAGCCCAGAAUCAAUUGAAGUGGAUUAA